AUGGACCAAUCAACGGGAACUUCUACAGACUUCAAACCCACUCUUCUUUUUUUCUACGGAACUCUCAGGAUCCCAUCCGUCCUGAAGCGUAUCCUAAACCUCUCCGAACACCCCAUCCUCACACCCGCAGAGAUCACAGGAUACAAAAUCAAGUUAUGGGGACCAUAUCCAGCCCUUGUCAAAUGCGAAGACCCAGCUGCAGAGGGCUCGGUCCCCAUCGCAGGAUCCACCUAUAAUGUCACCAAUCAAACACACCUUCAACGUUUGAAUACAUACGAAGGCGCAAACUACACUCUGGAAUCGAUUGUUCUUCAUGAGAUUUCACCAGAGACCGGAGAGAGGGUUGCGAAGGAGGGUAAUAUCUAUGUUUGGAACGGUCUUCCGGAUAUACUCAAAGAUGGAGUGUUCAAGCCGGAAUUCUUUGAAAAGAAGUAG